AUCACUAACCCUACAUAGAUCUUAUGCGACACUUUUUCAAUCUAGCAGUUUCCUUUGAAUAAAUAUGCAAUUACGAAGUUUUGUCAAAUCCAAAGUAAAAAAUACACUAAUCUUAACUUAAUUUGUUGCGAAUUCCCACAUUUUAUUUUUAUAAUAAAAAUGCAUUUAAAAUAACCGUAUUCUCCCUCCUCAACACCCAACCUCUGAUGACGUACAUCUGCUCCGGUGAGGUUCCGACGGGGGUUUAUCCCCUCGCUUUUCUUGGUUUUCCUACCUAUUUCAGUCGAUCUACCCUUUUUCUGUGUUACUAUUGCUUUUCCAGUUUGUUUAUUCCCGAUUCACCGUUGAAGCUCUUAGCUCCAGGAGGGUUUCUGGAUCUCCUUCAACUUCUCUGGUUUUUUUGGCUCUUACUGGAGCUGUAGUGUCAUGUCUACUCCGAUCUGUACCUGGUCGUUCCUCUCUUCUCUGGUGACGGCGCUACCGGAAAACUUGGGGAAAUCCUUCGCCCAGGCCGUCACAGCCUCUGAUGAAGCUCAGCCAAACCGUCUCCCUCCUAGAAUUCGCAUGGGGGACAAGGUUUACAUCAAGAUCUCACAGAAGGUUUAUGAAGCUGAGAUUGUAGAUUGCCAACUUCAUCUUCACGGUCGAGUUACGCUUCAAAAAGGGGAUCCUUCGCUCACUACAAGAGGCUUGAAACAAAAACUGGUUGGAAUAUGGCCACAACUAAGGAAUUGGUUUGUGACUCCUCUAGGCAGAGGGUUCUUUGAAUUCAAAUUCCAAUCUAUGGAGGAUAUGAAAAAGGCUUAUGCAUCUCCCCCAAGAAUAUUGGAGGCAAACUACUCUUUUUGAUAUUGCUUCUGGAUUUGGUACUCCUAUCUCAAUUAAUAAAGCAACGCAGUCUCGACUGUUUGGUCAUUAUGCCCGGAUUUUGGUAGAUGUGGAUAUGUCAGAUACGUUGUUUGAAACUGUUGUGGUUGAAUGUGAGGGUUAUGCUUUUCCGGUUAUAAUGGAGUACAAAAGGAAACUUGCAUUCUAUCAGCAUUGCAAGCUUUUGGGUCACUAUAUUCAACAAUGUCACCGACUGAAUUCUACUCAACCCCAAGUUUAUUCGGGAUACCAACCUAAGAACUUCACUAAGCAAGAAGUUCAGAAAAGCAAGGAUGCUUCUGUUUUGUUGGUAUCACAGAAAGUCACAACAAUGAUAGAGUCCCUUCAAUUUAAAUAUACAACAAGCAUACGACCAAGAAUCAAGCCUCAACCUCUCAUAGUAUUGCUAUGGGUGUGGUUAAUACCGAUCUGAUUCUUGGUAAGAAGCAAGUCCAAUCCCUGAAUGAUCCUGAAAAGGUUACUGAUUUUGAUGUUUUGGCCAUAGAGGAUGAAGCUCGUCUAACCUUGCAUAAUGCAUUUGAUAUGCUUGUUCCUGAGACUGAUAAUGUGUAUGGGGAGGCUUUACAGAUAGACCUGAAUACCGAAUCACCCUCUGCAGGGAAGUUGGCUGCUAAACAGACGAUUGAUUUGGCUUUUCCUAUAGAUGUUUGUCCAGUGAGUGACACUGAUUCUGAGGUACCCAUCCCUAGUGGAUCAAGGCCUGCAGCUACAGUGAUUACUUCUGCCUCUGUCCAUCAAGCUUUGGGUCUUGCUGAUGUAUCUAGGUGGGCUGCAAUGCCUGUUUUAUCUCCGGUCCCUAUGCAUGUUCCUCAAAACAAAGAGCAGCUUGUCUGCAAUAUAACAAAACAAGCUGAUACAAACAUUUUGCAAGCCAACAACAAACUCUUCAGCACCGUUGUUUACCCCUCUUCUACUGUGUUGCUUGAUAAAGUUAUCUGUGAUCAGGCUGCAAAGGUGAAUGGUCCAGGAAAGCCUAUUGAAGACUCAAAGCAAGAGGAACUUACUCUCGAAGGAAUCCCUAUUGAAGGUUCUAAUAAUGCAACUCAGAUUGAGGCUUUGGAUCAUAACAAAUUUGAGGUCACUCAAAGAGAUAAGGGUUGGGAAGCUAGAGAGAAAAGUUUGUCUUCUCACAAUGAUAUGUGUGACUCCUUGGUUACUUGUACUGCUAUGGCCAUGCCUAUCACUAGCUAUUCAGCUUUGACCUUGGACAAGAGGCCUUUUGCUGCUCAUACUGCUAUGGCCAAUGCUCCUUCUAAGAAAGCAAUGGAAAGUGUUAGAGUGCUUAAGAAGUUUUGGGGGGACUUAUCAUCUGAUGAUCAAGAGAGCGAGGUUGGAAGUGAUAGAUAUGUUGUUGUCAUCACAGAAAAGGAUGAGGAAUACACUCCAUAUACCUCUAAAAGACAAAAAAAGAAAGAGAAAUUGCAAAUGACAAGAGUUAAUAGUAAUGAAGAAAUUCAAACCCGGUCGAAAAAAGGUGCAAAAAAAGACAUUCAAUGAAGCUUUUGGAAGAUUUAGGAAGCUGGAAAUUUGGUUGUCCUUUUUAUUUUUAGAAUUAUUGUUUCAGUAGCAAUGUUGGCUUCACUGUAAUAGUUGCUUCUCAUUCAUUGCUUGUUUCUUAUCUUUUAGGCUUGCCUUUCUUUAGACUUUCUUGUGUAUUCGCUGGCUGUAUCAGGUUCAGCCUCUCCUAACUUUUAUUGAUUUCUUUUGCCUUUAUCAAAAAAAAAAAAAAAAAAAACUUAAUUUGUUGCAACUUAACACACAUGGAAACUUAAAUUCGUAUCUUUGCCUUUUACAA